AUGGAAGCUGAAACUAAUUUCUCUUUGAUUGCGCCGCCUAUUUUUGAUGGAGAUAAUUAUCAGAUUUGGACAGUGCGAAUGGAAACUUACCUGGAGGCUAUAGAUAUUUGGGAACCCAUGGAAGAAGACUACGAGAUUCCUACAUUGCCUACUAGCCCCACCGUGGCACAGAUCAAAACACAAAAAGAAAAGAAGAAAAGGAAAUCAAAGGCAAAAACCUGCUUGUUUACUGCAGUUUCACCAACUAUUUUCACAAGAAUUAUGUCUCUAAAGGAAAAGAUGAAGGAGAUUGAGACAGUCAAUGAGUAUUCUGAAAGGCUUAUUAACAUAGUUAAUAAGGUCAAGUUGCUAGGUUCAUCUCUAGCAGAUUCAAGGAUUGUGGAGAAAAUUCUUGUAACAAUACCUGAAAGGUUUUAG